AAAAAGAAACAGAAAAAGAGGAAGAGAACGAUAAAAGUAGAAAAUUCGUUCCAGCAAGUAAGUAGAUUCUUAUCGUUAAUAAUUGAAAUGUUCUCGUGCGAUGACACACCCAUCAAAUCGGUAAAUUCUCAUUCAGCCAAAUAGCCGAAAACCAUAUAGCAAGUUGUUUAAUUUCACGGGAAAACAAUCGACAACCCUCGAUUGAAGAUUUUCGUUAGUGCGUAAAAUUUUUGUAAAUAGUAUCGACGCGCGACGUCAGAAACAACUAAACCAACAAAUAAUUAAAUAAUUUCCUCGAUGGUUGGUGAAUAAAAGCUGAGGAAAAGAAUAAUGUGUAAUGCUGUCGUUGAUGAUUACACGUGCUCUCAUGUCGCCGCAAUGGUAGCGCAGCAUGGACGGAAUUUCAUGUCAUCUUGACUGUCUCUAAUAUUUCACACUGCUCGUUAUUUUUUCUUCUUCGACUCGAUCCUUCAAUCACGCUUUUCCCAACAAUUCGCAAAACAAUGAUCGAUCGGAGAUAAAUAUAAAAGAGACGGAGACGGAGACGGAGACGGAGACGGAGACGGAGACGGAAGCGGAAGCGAGGAGGAAAGUUUGUCAAGACAAUCUAAUCUUUGUCGCUCGAUUAGAAUAAUAGUGACAAGUUGGCUGUGUAACGUUAGUAGGUCGAGUUAACUCGAAACUAAAAGGAGGAACGACGACGAGUUAUCGAGGUUGUGCCAGAAAUAUUUAAAUAUCAGGGUUAAGCGUGAAGCUCGCCUAGCCGCAGUCCGACCGCUGUCUACCUAUUCCUUUGCGAUUCGAAUCGCAACCAACCAUGCACAGGAUAUUUAUUAUACGUUCGGCUUGACUACUCUCUAUGAACGAGCCAGAGUGACAGGGUAAAGAUAAUUAAGGGUGCCUCGAGCUGGAAGGAAUAAGAGAAGAAGGAAGUAAGGAAGCAAGCAAAUCCCUGUACCGCCGUAGACCUCUUCGCGAGAGGUCUCGAGGAAACGAAAGGUGAUUUCUGACGAAGCAGAAUGAUCGACCCGAGUUCGUCGGAGGCGGAAAGCGAGGAGGAUCAAAGUCCUCAACACGCCGGAGGAGGCGGCGGAGGUGGCGGGAGUGGUGGAGGUGGACGUUCGUACAGUUCCCGGCGACAGAUCGGACCCGCAGGAAAUCUCGGUGGCGCGAGCGGUCCUGUCUCGGGAAGCGCGAAUUCCGUAGCCUCGGGAUUGACCGCUUCGCCCGGAGGUUUGAGCCAUGGCGCGGUCGGUACGCCACGAGCAGGCGGCGCUGCAACCGCCGCGGCCGGUCAGGAUGCCGGUUUCGAUGCGUCAGCUGUUGCCGCUGCAAGGAACUCUUUAUCGCCGUCUAUGUCUGCCGCGCAGGACGCGGCCAAUUACGCUCAGAGACCCACCAGCCCUUCGCCGUCGGUCGCCAGCGAGAAAACCGAGGUGGACAUUCAGGACAAACAAGAGCGCGAGGAAGAGGAAAGAAAGACCAGGAUACAGCUGUACGUGUUUGUUUCGAGAUGUAUCUCUUAUCCGUUCAACGCGAAACAACCUUUAGAUCUACCGAAGCGGCAGCUAAAAGUGACCAAACAGCAACUCGAGACGAUCAGCUCGCGUUUCCAGAGUUUUCUGAAGGGAGAAACACAAAUAAUUGCCGACGAAGCAUUCCGCAACGCGAUUCAGAAUUACUACGACGUCUUCUUGACGUCGGAUCGCGUGGUUCAGAUGGUUCAAAGCGGUGCUUGCUCACAACUCGACUUCCGCGAGGUAUUCAAGAAGAACGUUGAGUUACGUGUUCGACGCCUCCCGGAAAUCGACGGACUGAGCAAAGAGACUGUGCUUACGUCCUGGUUGGCCAAAUUCGAUUGUAUCAUGAAAGGUACGGGCGACGAGGAGACCAAGAGGCCUUCCAGGAUGCAACAACAGUCUUUGAUUUCGGAGAUGAUAUUGUCGAAGGAGCAGCUGUACGACAUGUUUCAGCAAAUACUCGGCAUCAAAAAGUUUGAGCAUCAGCUUCUGUUCAACGCCCUCCUGUUGGACUCAGCCGACGAACAGGCUGCCGCCAUCAGGAGGGAGCUGGACGGUCGCCUUACAAAAGUGAACGAAAUGGAAAAGAACCGCAAGCUCAUGCCGAAAUUCCUCCUAAAAGAAAUGGAGUCGCUCUACAUCGAGGAACUCAAGUCGUCUAUCAAUCUGCUAAUGGCUAAUUUGGAGUCGUUACCGGUCUCGAAAGGUUCGAUAGACAGCAAAUACGGCCUGCAGAAGCUGAAGCGCUACAAUCAUCGUCGAGAGCGCUCCCGCUGCCGCGGCCAGGGUUCUCUCGUUAAAUUGGAGAGCGAUUCCGCCGACUCUGAACCACAGCUGAGCAAAGUGGACGUCGGUCUCACUUUCCAGCUGGCGGUGGUCGUGAUGGAGGUAAAGGGCUUGAAGAGCCUGCCACCCAACAAGAUAGUUUACUGCACGAUGGAGGUUGAGGGAAACAAAAAGUUGCAGACUGAUCAUGCGGAAGCUUCGAAACCCACGUGGGAAACUCAGGGUGAUUUUACGACCAUGCACCCUUUACCAGUGGUCAAGGUUCGCUUGUAUACCGAGAACUCGGCGAUGUUGGCGCUCGAGGACAAAGAAUUGGGCAAAGUCAUCCUACGACCAACUCCGUUUUCUUCGAAACAACCGGAAUGGUACAAAAUGAUCGUCCCGAAAAAUUGUCCCGAUCAGGAUCUUCGAAUCAAGAUCGGUUGUCGAAUGGAUAAGCCGUUCAACAUGAAGCAUUGCGGUUAUCUGUACGCGAUGGGCAAGUCCGUUUGGAAAAAGUGGAAGAAGCGGUAUCACGUGCUGGUCCAAGUGUCCCAAUACACGUUCGCGAUGUGCUCCUACAAAGAAAAGAGAAGCGAGCCCUCGGAAAUGAUGCAAUUGGACGGUUAUACAGUUGACUACAUCGAACCCGUUUCCGCGAAUCUGAUGGUCGGCAUGGAUCUGGACGACGGAAGGUUUUACUUCAACGCUGUUCGCGAAGGAGAUAGCAUCGUGUUUGCAUCGGACGAUGAAAACGAGUGUCAAACUUGGGUGAUGGUUAUGUACAGAGCGACCGGUCAGUCGCACAAACCGACCCCGCCGGUUUCCGUCGCGGACAAAAAUUCGGCCAUCAGUAAAAUACAAGGCGACGCGGAUCGUGCAAAGAAACACGGAAUGGAAGAUUACAUAAGCGCCGAUCCGUGCAAAUUCGAUCAUCACGCUUUUUUCAAAUUUCUACAAAACAUGGUGCUAGAUUAUCGACUCAACGAUCCCUACUGCUCUCUCGGCUGGUUCUCGCCUGGUCAGGUGUUUGUACUCGACGAAUAUUGCGCCAGGUACGGCGUACGCGGUUGCUUUCGACAUCUCUGUUAUCUAAACGAUUUGUUGGACCGAAUUGAUAGAGGACUGAUGAUAGAUCCAACUUUGCUACACUACAGCUUCGCCUUUUGCGCCACCCACGUGUACGGUAACCGAACCGACAGGGUAGGUUCCAUCACGCACGAGGAGAAGGAAAAGUUUCAAGAUAUCAAAGAAAGGCUUAGACAGAUUCUCGAGAAACAAAUUACCAACUUUCGGUACAGUUUUCCGUUCGGCCGGCCGGAGGGUGCGUUAAAGGCUACCUUAUCCCUGUUGGAACGAGUGAUGAUGAAGGAAGGUGUCAGUCCGGUGACCCAAGAAGAGGUGAAGGCUUUGAUCAAAAGUUGCCUAGAAACUGCUGCUCUCGUUAAUUACACGAAACUCUCGGCCGAAGCUAAGAUCGAGGACGAUCUCAGCGGCGAAGUCUGCGUCCCGCCCAGCAAAAAGCUCGAAGAUCUUAUACAUCUCGCCGAAAUGUGCGUGGAUUUGCUUCAACAAAACGGAGAACAUUACUCGGAGGUUGUACCGCAGGCGUUCGCCUGGUUUAGCGACCUCAUGGUGGAGCACGCCGAGAUCUUCUGGUCCCUGUUCGCUGUCGACAUGGACAAGGUGCUCGCAGAACAACCACCGGACACCUGGGACAGUUUUCCGUUGUUUAAAAUUAUGAACGACUACUUGCGAGAAGAUGACAAUUUGAAGAACGGCAGAUUUCAUCAGCAUCUUCGCGACACUUUUGCACCGUUGGUCGUGCGUUACGUCGACCUGAUGGAAACGUCGAUCGCUCAAUCGAUUCACAAGGGAUUUGAGAAGGAACGUUGGGAGAUCAAAGGAAAUGGAUGCGCUACUUCCGAAGAACUUUUUUGGAAGUUGGACGCUCUUCAGUCGUUUAUCCGCGAUUUGCAUUGGCCUGAUCAAGAAUUUCGCCAACAUCUCGAGCAAAGGUUGACUUUGAUGGCCUGCGACAUGAUCGAAUCUUGCAUUCAACGAACGGACACCGCGUUUCAGCAGUGGCUGAAGAAAGGUGUAACUUUCAUAUCAACCGAUUACAUCAUCCCAUCGGAAAUGUGCGCAAUGGUGAACGUUAUUCUCGAUGCGAAAAAUCAAAGCUUCGAACUUUGUACGAUCGAUGCUGUUGACGUGCAUCAAUAUCAUGCGAAAAUUGACGAUUUGAUAGAAAAAGCAUCAGCCGCAAUGACCCAAGGGAUGAUCAACAAGCUGGUUACGGUGUUGGAGACCACCCUGUCCAAGCUGUCUCGUUACGACGAAGGAUCCUUUAUAGGUUCCAUUCUCAGCCUUACGAAGGUAUCGGGCAGCGGAAAAGAAAUGGGACAAGCCUACGUAAAUUUCACGAGGAACUGCAUUGAUCAGAUUCGUGGUAAAGUGUUGGACGAACUGUGGAUUUUAACAUUUUUCGAGCAAUGGUAUACGGCACAAAUUCAAAUGCUUUGCAAUUGGCUUUCCGAAAGACUCGAUCACAGCUUACACCUGUACCAGUGUACUUGUCUUGCCCACAUUGUCAAGAAAAUUUAUUCCGACUUUGAGCUGCACGGUGUCAUAGAAGAGAAACUGAAUUCGAUGACAUAUCAGACUAUAUCUAAGAGAAUGCAAACGGAAGAAGCGACUUGUGCCUUAACGAGCGUUCAGAACGAAGAGGGACUUUCGGAGAACGGCAACGAUGACGAGGUGGAGCGACCAAAGACCAAGGUAACAAUCGUGGAAACGAUGCCUGGCGAAGACGCUAACUACGUCUCCAAUAUUAGCAACGUUACUUCGAACGUUGUUGGAAAAGUUGGAAGUAUGUUCGGUAAGGGCAUCGGUGGCCUUUCUACGAAAUUUGGCGGAGCCAGUUGGUUCUAAUUAUUAUUAUUACUUCCUAUUUACUUUAUUACUGCUAUUAUCAUUAUCAUUAUUAUUAUUAUUAUUAUUAUUAUUAUUAUUAUUGCCAUUAUUAUUAUUGCCAUUAUUUAUGUUAUGUCUGUUACCAUUUCUCUUUAUCGUCGUAUUUUUCUUCAUUCUUUUUCUUCUUGUAAUUACUAUUUAUGAUCAUUUUUACGAUUAUUAUUAUCAUUAUCGUCAUCAUUAUCAUCAUCAACAUCAUUACCAUUAUUGUUGUCAUUAUUAUUGCUAUUACCACUACUGUUUUCGUGUUUGUUACUUUUAGUAUUUUGCAAGUGUACGUCACAGCCGGCGAUUAAGUUUCUUUGUCUAUAUACAUACAUACAUACAUAUAUAUGUACAUACAAAAGAAAAAGAGAGAGUUACGACAACAGGAUUGUCCGCAGUACGUUUUAGGAACAUGUUUAAAUUACGAUUGUUUGAAGAAAAAUCGUCGUUCGGUACGAUGGAUCGAAAGAAUAAUCCCUACCGUUUCGACUUCGACCCAAAAAUGUAUUUUUAUUUCUCGUUGAUUUUAAAGAUUUCUUGUUUUACUACGUUGAAACCGUUCGUUCGUUCGUUCGUUCGUUCGUUCGUUUGUUUGUUCGUCCGUCCGUCCGUUUGUUGAAAAUAGUUGAAAGAUUCGAAACGAUUAAUUAUUAUUAGAUAGUCUGACAUUUAAUAGAAAGUAUUGUCGAUCCUACACGUCGUACACAUUUCUACGACACUACUAUUCUUCUCUUUAUCUUUGUAGAUCAAUGUUAAUACAUUACAUCAUUCGAUUCGAUAUAAUAUAAUGUAAAUAUGUAAAUCUUGUUUCGAUGUUUUAAAACAAACGUUUAUCAACGAAAACGCGUGCCUAUUUCAUCUCGUCUCGUCUCGUCUCAUCCCGUUUCGUAUAAUCAAUUUCAAACGAUCGAAUCGCUUUUUCCUUCUAUUCUUUCGCGUAAAUUAUUGGUAGGUAAUUUUUUAGAAGAGCCGUCCAACAGCUGACAUUAGACUCUGUUUCAAUAACGAGACAGUGUCGAUUCACCAGAGAAGAAAACGACUUUAAUUCGACUUAAUCAUCUGGUAUCUUUUUUUACCGCGCUAAUGAAACAUAUUUUACUUAUUACUUAUACGUAUUUUUCCUAAUAAAUAAACUUUAGAAUCGUACAUACGAACGAACGAACGAACGAACGAACGAACGAACGAACGAACGAACGAACGAACGAACGAACGAACGAACGAACGA